AUUUGAUAUCAGGUUCUCUCUCCAUCUCGUUUCCGCUGAGCUUUCUCCCCUUAUCUACCUCCUGUCCCGAAUGAACUACUUUGUGUGAUACCCUCCACCUACUGUAGGACGGACAACACAUGCCACUGCAUCCUACCACUCCUUACAUUUGUCCAAUACAAUAUCUAAUCACAUUUUACAUUCAUUGUACUUGAACUCAUUAGCAUCCAUGACACCAUCAACCACCGCGCCCGCAGGGCCCAUCACAACCCAUCUCACCACUCUCCUGGGGAUCAAACACCCAAUCAUCCUCGCCGGCAUGGCCCGCGUUUCUGGCGGUCCCCUCGCAGCUGCCGUCUCCAACGCGGGCGGCCUCGGCGUCAUAGGCGGUUUCAUGUACACGCCCGACCAGCUGCGCUCCAUCAUCGCCGAGAUGAAAGCCAAUUUUAGCCGGCCGGACCUGCCCUUCGGCGUCGACCUGGCCCUGCCGCAGAUCGGCGGCUCGGCCCGCAAGACCAACCACGACUACACAGGCGGCAAGCUGGACGAGCUAAUCGACAUCACCAUCGAGAGCGGCGCCAGGCUGUUUGUGUCGGCCGUGGGCGUGCCGCCCAAGCGCAUCAUCGACAAGCUCCACGCCAACGGGAUCCUGGUCAUGAACAUGGUUGGCCACCCCAAGCACGCUGUCAAGGCGCUGCAGCUCGGCGUCGACAUGGUGUGCGCCCAGGGAGGGGAAGGGGGUGGACACACGGGCGACGUGGCUAACAGCGUGUUGAUUCCCUCGGUGGUCGACGUGGCGAGGAUGUUUGAGCCUACGAUGCUGAACAAGGUAUUGGGUACGACGGAUCAGCCGGCGCUGGUUGUGGCGGCCGGCGGCAUCGCGGAUGGGCGCGGGCUGGCGAGCAGCUUGAUGCAAGGGGCCGCGGGCGUCUGGGUGGGAACGAGGUUCGUGGCGAGCAAGGAGGCCAGCUGCAGCGAUCAGCACAAGGAGGCGGUGGUAACGUGCGGGUUUCAGGAUACCGAGCGAACACUGGUUCUGAGCGGGAGGCCCUUAAGGAUGAAGACAAACCAGUAUAUCGCCAAGUGGCAUGCGCAGCCAGAGAAGAUUGCGGAGUUGACGGAGAAGGGCAUCGUGCCGAUCGAGUGGGAUAUGGAUCAAGGGAACGAGAUUGACCCACCGCAUCUGAUGGGACAGGUGGCGGGGUUGGUGAAGAAGGUGCAGCCGGCUGGGGAGAUUGUGGAGGAAAUGGUGCAGGAGGCGGUUGAGCAGUUGAAGUUGGGACAGGCGUAUUUGAACGGGGGCAGAACGAGCAAGCUAUAAGCGAGGGGGGGUGCAAAGGGUUGAGG